UCUAAUUACUAAUGAUUUCUAUUCAUUAUUGAAGAAAAUUAAUAGUCUUAACUAUUUUCUUUUAUACUAAAUUCAAAUCUAAAUAAAAUUUAGGUGUACUGAAUAAUCUACACGUGAGAAAAUAAAUAUUAAUUUUAAAUGGAUGCAAUUGAAAAUUAUAUGGUACUUGAUUUAUAAACUAAAAAUACUUUAAAUUACAAUAAGAUAAUCCUAUUUAAAAUAUGAUUGAGACAACAGAAAUGACAGAAGUUGAGGUUAUUAAGGAUUUUAAAGAGAAUUAUGGUAAAGUACGCAAGUUGUUAGACGUAGAUAGCAACCAUGACCCGGAGAAUGAGCCUUAUUUAUCUAAAUACAAAGCUAAAGAACUAUUGAAUAAUAUGCGCGACUGUCUUACCAAUGUGGCAAAGAGGGAUAAUUUAGACCGCAGUAAGUUUGAGGCCAUGCUAGGAACUGUGUUAAUGGACAUUGGAAUUAUUGAUAUGGAAACCGAAGAUUUUUCUUCCAGCGAGAAAGUAUUAAUGGAAGCAGUGGAUCUAUUAACACAGGACAGCGGUAAUUGUAAGCCGGAAAUGGUAACAACAUUAAUAAAUGUCUAUAAUAACUUAGGUAUUCUGUGGUCCAAUAGAGAGGAGCCUGAGAAAGCAAAGAGUUUUUUACUCAAGUCUAAAGAGUUGUAUGAGACAUUUAAAUGUACUUUACAAAUGCCUCUGACUAUCGAUCAUGGAAAUAGUAACUCUGGUGAGGCGUUUAUUGGUGAUUUUAUGUUACUUGAAAAAGCAUAUACUUUGACAUUGUAUUAUUUGGCUCAAGUGUUUGGAUCUUUAAAAGAGAAUCUCAAAUCUGCUAUUUAUUGUCAUGUCACAUUGAGACGACAACUUCAAUAUUCAGAUUAUGAACCCAUUGAUUGGUCUUUAAGCUCGGCAACAUUAUCUCAGGUGUUUGCUGAACAAAAUGGGUUCUUCCAGUCCAGACAUCAUUUAGCAGCAGCCUCAAUAAUUCUUGAAAAGUAUGAGGAAGAGUUGAAAGGAAAUGAUAGUAAUGAUGAAGUGGCUUUGGCUAAAUUGGAGACCUUCAACCACAGAUCAGCUGAUGUUGCACGCUGUUGGGCUAAAUAUUGCUUGUUACUUAUGACUGCGUCAAAAGCAAGACUCAUGAGUGAUGACGAAACAUUGACUGAAGCUAUUUCAGACAUGUCAGACUUGAAGUUAGAUGAUACUGAAAAUAUUUGUGGUGGUGAUAUGAAGACUUUAAUAUUCCCAGAUAUUGAUGUAACGAAAUAUGAAAGUAAAAUAGGAUAUAAAUUCUUAUCAACCUACCAGGAUGCACGCGAGGUAUUUUUAAGUUGUCAAUCUUGGCUUAAUAAAGCAAAAGAGUAUUAUAGAGCAGAUGUACUAGCCUCUGAUUAUACAGAACUUAUGCAGGAUAGUUCACAGUCAUACAGUUACCUAGCAUUCUUUGAAGAAGAUGACGAACGUAGAGCUAAAAUGCAUAAACGUCGUAUUGACAUCCUGGAGGAUUUGUUAAAGGAGAUUAAUCCAACAUAUUACAUGCAGUAUUGCAGGCAGCUAUGGUACGAACUGGGUGAAGUCUAUUCCGAUAUUUUGAAUAUAAAACUCGACAAAAUAAAUAAGGAGAAGCCAACACCGCACGCUUUGAAGAAAGUAAACUUGCUAUGUGAAAAAAGUAUAGAGAAUUAUGAUAAUUUUUUAAAUUCCGUCAGAAAUAAAAAUGGGCAGAUGCCAAAAAAACUUGAGUUUGAACUUAUAAGGCCAGUUAUAAGUGCAUACGCAUUUAUCGGUAGAAAUAGUAUGAAAAGGAUAGCUCUAGACAAAAAUACACAAUUAAGACAUGUUCAGAAAAGUUAUGAUUCAUACAGUGCUGUUGUUGACAUAUGCAUGAACGACAAAGAUGCUGCAGUUAUGAUGCAUGAAGAGUAUAUCUUAUGUCAGGAGAUGGUGAAGAUACUCCCAAUAAAAAUAAAUAAACUUCAAGCUGAAUUGGCUGCUUAAAUGUCUAUUCAAACAUUUUAUAUAUUGUUGAAUUAUAAAGAUCUUAUAUUGGUUAUUAAAAAAUGUUCCUGUGGCUUAAGCUAUUGGCUAUAAUAUUUUUUUAUAUUUAUGUUACGCUUAUUAAUUUAGGUACAAUAAGUUGUUCAGUUUAUAUUGCUGUAUUAUGCUUACGCUCCUACGUCACCCAAUCGAAUUACAUUAUGUGAA